AUGGCACACUCACAGACAGAAGAGCUCAGUGCUGGUGUGUGCAGGAGGUCCAGUGUUGAUGGGACAGAGUCAGGGCAGGUGCAACACUUCCACCCGUACCUCCCACUCUUCAGCGACAGGACCAGAGCUCGUGCCACUGUCCCACUGUGUCCCCCUCCCCCUCCUGCUCGCUGUGGACCCGACCUGUGCAGUCCUCACAGCAGCUCCUGGGCCAGUAACAACACUGUGUUGGGCUCUUACCCAGAAGCACCAGCUGUUACCACUGAAACGUCCUGCUUCAUCUCCCGUGACUGUCUAUCAUUAAACAAUCACUUAGAGGUUUCAUCAAAAACAUACGCUCCGUCUAACCAGUGUAACAGCUCCAAAUAUUCUCUCCAAAAGUUUUCAUCAGCAUGUCAAGAAAGCCCCUCACAGUUCCCCAAACCCAUUUACUCAUACAGCAUUCUGAUCUUUAUGGCUCUGAAGAACAGCAAAACUGGGAGCCUGCCAGUCAGCGAGAUCUAUAGCUUCAUGACAGAAAACUUCCCGUAUUUUAAAACAGCUCCUGAUGGUUGGAAGAACUCAGUAAGGCACAACUUGUCCCUAAACAAGUGCUUUGAGAAGGUAGAGAACAAAAAUGGGAGCACUUCUCGUAAAGGCUGUCUAUGGGCCCUAAAUCCAGCCAAAGUGGACAAGAUGCAGGAAGAGCUUCACAAGUGGCGACGCAAGGACCCAGGGACAGUACGUAGGAGCAUGGCCAAACCAGAAGAUCUAGACCACCUACUUGGGGGAAAGCCAAAUAAAUUCCGACCACUGGCCACUUGCAAUACCAUGUCUCGAGCCCAUAUGUACUCCACCGCAUCAUAUUAUAGCUCAGAGCAGCCCAGGCCUUCAUGCUCCUCUUACUCACAACAUUAUCCAAAGUCCCACUACCACUCCCUCUCUGGCCCUCUUCCCGACCUCUCAUACCCCCUGUGCCCUCCCUAUAGCCAGCAUGUAUCACCCCCCCGCUGCUUGAAGAUGCCCCCGGCCUACAGCGAGGCUCUUCAUGAUGGACACAGUGGUAGGAGCAUGUAUGACCUGCUCUUGGACGGAGACACUGGCUGUGAUGUUGACACCCUCAAUCCCAGCCUGACUGACCUGCAGCUGCAAGGUAGCUUAUGGGAGGAGUUAAAGGAAGACAGUGCUCGAGUUGUCCCCUCUUUGAGUCCAUCCACAGUGGAGACUAUUACUGAGCAGAGCAGCUACCUGCAGCCGACAGUAUCUUCUACCCUUGAGGAUGUGACCAGCUCAAACAAGGCCCAUUAUGUGGACAAGGAUGCUGAUGGGCUGUGGGGACAAGACCAGAACUACCUGAACGGAUACCCCCUCGGAGUAUAUUCUGGAAUGGAGAGUUUUGCUGGAACUCUCAGCUCCUGUGCAACCUCUGUCUCCUUAAUAUGA